GUACAUUUAUAAGGAAGUAGAGGCAGAACUGGACACUGUCGGUCGAAGAAAAAUGUUUCUGAGCUGAGUGAGCUGUGACUUAUAUCUAAUACGAGUCUCUCUGGGGAGAGAGAUGAGGAGACCACUGCCUCUAAAAUGAGUCUCUCUGGGGAGAGAGAGGAGGAGACCACUGCCUCUAAAACGAGUCUCUCUGGGGAGAGAGAGGAGGAGACCACUGCCUCUAAAAUGAGUCUCUCUGGGGAGAGAGAGGAAGAGACCACUGCCUCUAAAAUGACUCAAGACACCAGUUCUAAGAGUGUCCAGAAGCCCAGAGCAGAGUCCCCUACAACCAGCCUGCUAUCAAUGACGAGUGAUCAGCCACCUGCUUUCAGCCAGGAACCAUUACCAGAUGACAAUAAGGAAGUGGAGAGUUUGGACAGUGAGGAUGCAUUAAAGAUCACACACAACCUUCUGGACAGAAGAAGUCAAACUCUGCUGACAGUCCAACAAGACAUUAAGGCUAAACUGAAACACAAGUAUCAACACAUAUCUGAAGGAAUUGGACACCAUGGAAACCAAACUCUGUUAAAGGACAUCUACACAGAGCUCUACAUCACAGAGGGUGGAAGUGGAGGACUCAAUAAUGAACAUGAGGUUAGACAGAUAGAGAUGGCAUCCAAGAAACAAACCACACAAGAGACACCAAUCAAAUGCAACGACAUCUUCAAGCCUUUACCUGGACAAGACAAACCUAUCAGAACUGUGCUGACAAAAGGAAUCGCUGGCAUUGGAAAAACCGUCUCUGUGCAGAAGGUCAUCCUUGACUGGGCAGAGGGAAAAGCAAACCAGGACGUUCAUUUCAUGUUGCCUCUUCCUUUCCGUGAUCUGAACCUGAAAAAGGACCAAUACAGUCUGAUGCAACUUCUUUCCCACUACUUCCCAGAGCUGAAAGAGAUUGACAGCAUUGAAGAUGGUGAAACCAAAACUGUUUUCAUUUUUGAUGGUCUGGAUGAGUGUCGACUUCCUCUAGACUUCAAAAACAAUGAGAAGUGCUGUGAUGUCACGAAGCCAACCUCAGUGGACGUGCUGCUGACAAACCUCAUCGAGGGGAAUCUGCUUCCCUCUGCUCUCGUCUGGAUAACCUCACGGCCUGCAGCAGCCAAUCAGAUCCCUCCUGAGUGUGUUGACCAGGUGACAGAGGUACGAGGGUUCAAUGAUCCACAGAAGGAGGAGUAUUUCAGGAAGAAAAUCACAGAUCAGAAUCUGGCCAAUGAAAUCAUCAAACACAUGAAGACAUCAAGGAGCCUCCACAUCAUGUGCCACAUGCCAGUCUUCUGUUGGAUAUCAGCCACUGUCCUUGAGAUGAUACUGAAAGAGGCAGAGAAGGAUGAAGUCCCCAAAACUCUGACCCAGAUGUACUCACACUUCGUGCUCAUCCAGAUUAUUGUGAAGAACAAGAAGUACAACAUAGCCACAGAGACAAACCCAAAGGAACUGUCUCAGUCAGACAAAGAGAUGAUCCUGAAACUGGCAAAGCUGGCUUUCCAACAGCUGCAGAAGGGCAACCUGAUCUUCUAUGAGGAGGACCUGAGAGAAUGUGGCCUUGAUGUCACAGAGGCAUCAGUGUACUCAGCAUUGUGUACAGAGAUCUUUAAAGAAGAAUCUGGGCUGUACCAAGAGAAGGUCUACAGCUUUGUGCAUCUGAGCAUUCAGGAGUUUCUAGCAGCAGUGCAUGCUUUAGAAUCAUGUCUGGACAAGAAGGAAAAUGUUUUCCCCCCCAAAGCAGUCACUAGUGAUGAUGAGGAGGAGGAGGAGGAGGAGGAGGAGGAGAUUGAUGAUAAGCAGGACGAGGAGGAGGAGAACAAGGAUGAUGAUGAUGAGGAGGAGGAGGAGGAGGAGGAGGAGGAGAUUGAUGAUAAGCAGGACGACGAGGAGGAGAACAAUGACGAAGAUGAGGAUGAUGAUGACGACAAUGAUGAAGAGGAGUCAUUCCAGUUGUCUGACUUACACAGGAGAGCAGUGGACCAGGCCUUGAAGAGUGAGAAUGGACACCUGGACCUGUUCCUCCGCUUCCUUCUGGGUCUCUCACUGGAGUCCAAUCAGAAUCUGUUACGAGGCCUUCUGACACAGACAGGAUGUACGACAGAGACCAAUGAGAAAACAGUUAAGAGAACAGUCAGGUACCUUUCAUACAAGAUCAAAAGAGAAUCCUCACCAGAAAGGAUCAUCAACUUGUUCCACUGUCUGAAUGAACUUGGUGCCAACUCUCUAGUUGAAGACAUGCAGACCUCCCUGCGAUCAGGAACUCUUUCAGAAACAGAGCUAAAACCUGACCAAUGUUCAGCCCUGGCCUACCUGUUACUGAUGUCAGAGGAGGUGCUGGAGGAGUUUGACCUGAAGACAUACAACACAUCAGAGGAAGGUUAUCAGAGGUUGCUGCCGGUAGUGAAAACCUGCAAGAGAGCACUACUGGAUCACUGUAAACUCACGUAUGAAUCCUGUGAGACUCUGACCUCAGCUCUGCAGACACCAAACUCCCCCCUGAGAGAACUGAACCUCAGCUACAAUGACCUGGAAGACAGAGGAGUGAAGCUGCUCUGUGUUGGACUAACCAGUCCACUCUGCAACAUACAGACACUAGUACUGGAUGGCUGUAAACUCACAUAUAGAUCCUGUGAGACUCUGACCUCAGCUCUGCAGACACCAAACUCCCCCCUGAGAAAACUGGACCUCAGCCACAACAAUGACCUGGAAGACAGAGGAGUGGAGCUGCUCUGUGUUGGACUAACCAGUCCACUCUGCAACAUACUGACACUAGUUCUAGGUCAGUGUGGUCUGACAGAGGGUUGCUGUUCACAUCUGGCCUCAGUCCUGAGUUCACCCAACUCACAACUGAAACAACUGGAGCUGAGAGACAAUGACCUGCAGGACUCAGGAGUUACACUGCUGUCUGCUGGACUGGAGGAUCCAGACUGUAAACUACACACACUGGGUCUAGGUCAGUGUGGUCUGACAGAGGGUUGCUGUUCACAUCUGGCCUCAGUCCUGAGUUCACCCAACUCACAACUGAAACAACUGGAGCUGAGAGACAAUGACCUGCAGGACUCAGGAGUUACACUGCUGUCUGCUGGACUGGAGGAUCCAGACUGUAAACUACACACACUGGGUCUAGGUCAGUGUGGUCUGACAGAGGGUUGCUGUUCAGAUCUGGCCUCAGUCCUGAGUUCACCCAACUCACAACUGAAACAACUGGAGCUGAGAGACAAUGACCUGCAGGACUCAGGAGUUACACUGCUGUCUGCUGGACUGGAGGAUCCAGACUGUAAACUACACACACUGGGGCUGUCUGGCUGUCUGGUCACAGAGGAGGGCUGUGCUGCUCUGUCUUCAGCUCUGAGGUUAAACCCCUCCCACCUGAAAGAGCUGGACCUGAGCUACAAUCACCCAGGAGACUCUGCAGGAGGACUGCUUUCAGCUGCUCUGGUGGAUCCCACAUAUAAACUGAUGAAGCUGAAUGUGGAUCAUGGUGGAGAGUGCAGGCUGAAAUCAAGGCUGAGGAAAUAUGCCUGUCAUCUCACCCUGGACCCAAAUACAGCAAACCCAGACCUGUUACUGUCUGAGGGGAACAGGAAGGUGACACCGGUGGUGGAGAAGCAGCGUUAUGAAGACCAUCCAGACAGAUUUGACCGUUAUCGCCAAGUUCUCUGCAGCGAAGGCUUAUCUGGAUCUCGUUAUUAUUGGGAGAUUGACUGGGAUGGUGGUUGGCCUGCCAUUGGUGUGGUGUACAAAGGAAUGAUGGGAAGGGCAUGUAUUGGACUCACCAGCAAUUCCUGGUGUAUGUAUGGCUCUGACAGCGUUUAUGACUUUUACAAUGCUGGAGUCCGUAGUAGAUCCAUCCUUGGCCCUGUUUCUAACAGAGUUGGAGUGUAUCUGGACUGGCCAGCUGGUACUUUGUCCUUCUAUAGUGUGUCCUCCUCUGGUACACUGACACACCUUUACACAUUCUACACCACAUUCACUGAACCCCUCCAUCCUGGAUUUGGGUUUCUUUUGUUGAAAACCUCCUCAGUGACCCUGUAUCAGAUCAAUGACCAAUACAUUCAAAGAGACCUUGAUGGAGACUGUUGUCUCAAACCUGGACCUGAGAACACCAGAGACCAUGGUGGAGAGUGUUGGAUCAAGCCUGGACCUGAGAACACCAGAGACCAUGGUGGAGAGUGUUGGAUCAAGCCUGGACCUGAGAACACCAGAGACCAUGGUGGAGAGUGUUGUAUCAAGCCUGGACCUGAGGACACCAGAGACCAUGGUGGAGAGUGUUGGAUCAAGCCUGGACCUGAGAACACCAGAGACCAUGGUGGAGAGAGUUGUAUCAAGCACAGGACACCCAAAGGGAGUUAUGAGUGCACAGUGUCUGGGCUCCGCUGGCUGUGUGAGAGAGAUGUCAUUCUGAAGUAUCACUUCAGGAACUGGGAACCCUACAGUCACCUUCUGAAAGACAUGCAGGACCAACCCGUCCCUGAGGAAUGA